GUUAACUUGUUUUUACACUUGUUUGACAGAUAAAUGUGGCUCCAGUUGUGUUUGCACCAACUUCUUCACGUGCCAUUUAAGGCAUGGAUGUCCUCAUGAAAGCGGACCUCACACUGACCAACACCACCAGCCACCCAGCAGAACCUGACCACCUGGACUUAAUCAAAACCCAAGGACUGAACCACAGUGACCCACUGGACAUGUUUGUGGGCAUGGAGCUUCUUCUGCGUUUCAAACCUCUCUUCAUGCCGCUCUACUGCCUCGUCGUGGUCAUCGCCAGCGUGGGGAACUCCUUCCUGUUGACUUGCAUCCUGGUGGAUAAAAAACUCCACAACGCCACCAACUUUUUCAUCGGAAACCUGGCUGCUGGAGACCUGCUUAUGUGUCUGAGCUGCGUGCCGCUGACCAUGUCCUAUGCCUUUGACAGCCACGGGUGGGCUUUUGGGAGACCGCUGUGUCACUUGGUGCCUUUACUGCAAUGUGCUACUGUGUUUGCGUCCGUGCUGUCCCUCACAGCCAUCGCUGUGGACCGAUACGUCGUCUUAGCUCACCCUGUGCGAAGGAGGAUCUCUUUGUGGGGAUGUGGCGCGGUGGCGACGGCUGUCUGGCUUUUAUCUCUGGCCUUGGCGGCGCCGCCGUCCUUUUACACACGCUACCUCGACCUGCGGCCCAGUGGCGUAGACCUCGUGGUUUGCGAGGAGUUCUGGCCUGAAAACGGCAAUCUGCGACUGCUCUAUUCCUGCUUCAUCCUCAUCGCCUCCUACAUGAUCCCACUGCUGUCCGUCAGCAUCUCGUACUGCGCCAUCAGCCUCAGCCUCAAGCGCUAUGCGGUACCCGGCGAGCGGGCCGGCGGGAAGCAGCACUGGAAGCAAAAAAGGAGGAAGACCUUCUCGCUGUUGGUGGCCUCAGUGCUCGCCUUUGCUCUCUGCUGGCUGCCUUUGCAGGUGCUCAACCUCCUACUGGACCUGGACCCAGACUGUGACAUCAUCGGCAAGCGCUACAUAAAUGUCCUCCAAGUCUGCUGUCACUUGGUUGCGAUGAGCUCGGCGUGUUACAACCCCUUCAUCUACGCGUCGCUGCACAUCAAGGUACGCAUGCACUUGAGGGGCUACCUGUGUCCUUGUCCUCAUCAGAGGAUGGUGCAGAGGUCCUUGUCCAGGAACUGA